UAUGUGUAUAAUAUUAUUAAAAAUAUGUUUAAAAAUCGUGAAUAUGUAUCGUUACUAGUCGCAGAUCAAGAUAAUAAUUCGAUUAAAUCGAAAAGAAGUAUUUGGAGGUUAUGGAAUCAGUUAUCUAGAUUACAGCGAACAUUACUUUACAUUAUAUUAAUAUUAGGCAUAAUUAUAAGUUUGUAUAUACUUUCAAAUAUUUUCGAAACGGAAAAUAAUAAGUUAAUAGAAAAACAUAGUCCAAUUGUUGAGUUUAAUAAUGUAUUACCACAAAGCUAUUCAACGAAACCAAACAGUAAAGUGGAUGUGGAUAAUAACGCUAGACAGGGAGUUGUCCAAGUUGUGCAAGGGGUUUUAGAACAUCCAAACAAUCAAAAUGUGAAUCUCAAAGAUGAUGCGCCUAAAUAUUUUACUGGUCCUACAAAUACUCGUCAAAUAGCUGUAGUGAAUGCAUUUAAACAUGCAUGGAAAGGUUAUAAAACAUUUGCUUGGGGGCAUGAUCAUUUGAAACCUAUUAGUGCUAGCUAUAGUAACUGGUUUGGAGUUGGAUUAACUAUAAUUGAUUCUUUGGAUACUAUGUAUAUAAUGAAUUUACAAGAAGAAUAUGAAGAAGCUAGAGAAUGGGUCGAACAGAAAUUAACAUUCGAUAUACCAAACGAUGUUAAUCUUUUUGAAAUAACCAUUCGAGUUUUAGGUGGAUUAUUAAGUAUAUAUCAUUUAACUUCGGACAAAAUGUACUUAGACAAAGCACGAGAUUUAGGUGAAAGAUUAUUACCUUGCUUCAAUACCGAUUCAGGUAUACCAUAUUCAGAUAUUAAUUUAAGAACUGGCCUUGCACAUGCGCCCAAAUGGUCACCAGACAGCAGUACAUCUGAAGUGACAACAAUACAAUUAGAAUUUCGAGAUUUAUCCAGAAGUACAGGUGAUUCUCGAUUUGAGGAAGUGGCUUCCAAAAUAUCUGAUCAUGUUCAUGAAUUACCAAAGAAGCAUGGACUUGUUCCUAUUUUUAUUAAUGCACUUAGUGGGAAAUUUAGGCAAUACUCUACAAUUACAAUGGGUGCACGAGGUGAUAGUUAUUAUGAAUAUUUGUUAAAACAAUGGUUGCAAACUGGAAAAACGAUAGAUUAUUUUCGAGAUGAUUACUUACAAGCUAUGAAAGGUGCUCAAGAAGUGUUAAUGAAACGUACACCUGCAUCAAAUUUACUAUUUAUUGGUGAAUUAUUAGGCUCCGAUGAUAAUUUCAAACCAAAAAUGGAUCAUUUAACUUGUUAUUUAUCGGGCACAUUAGCACUUGGUGUUCAUAACGGUUUACCUCGCCAUCAUCUAUCUAUAGCUGAAGAUUUAUUAACAACAUGCUAUCAAAUGUACGCUAGACAGCCGACAUUUUUAGCACCUGAAAUUGCGUACUUUAAUUUACAGGAUAAAACUGCUGCUGAUUUAUAUGUAAAAUCUGGCGAUUCUCAUAAUUUACUAAGACCAGAAUUUAUUGAAAGUUUAUGGUAUAUGGCAGAAAUAGUACCUGAAAAUCGUACUAGAUACCAAGAAUGGGGCUGGAAGAUAUUUCAAGCUUUUGAAAAUUUUACAAAAGUAACAAAUGGUUAUACAUCAAUUGCAAAUGUUCGAAAUAUAAAACAAACACGUCCAUUAGAUAAAAUGGAAUCUUUUUUUUUAGCAGAAACAUUAAAAUAUUUAUAUUUAUUAUUUAGAGAUGAAAAUCAGGAAAUAAGCUUAGAUGAAUAUGUAGUCAAUUCUGAAGCACAUUUCAUACCAAUAAAGUUUUAAUAUAAUUAAUUAAAA